AUGUCAACUCUUUUCAAUCGUCCUGGAGACCCUCAUGCGCUCCCAUCUGGACAGAACAAAGGAGGACUCGAAACCCUUGCCAACUCAAAAAGCAAUGCCACUCUAUCUGGAAAUCGCACCACGGCUCCAGCCUCAUCAUCUUCAUUUGCCCCACAAGUCCGUACACUAGGUGAAGGAAUCCCAGGGUUUCGUACCUCAUUCAAUGUCGCAGGCAAAGGCGGCGGAGCGUUCAGGUCCAUCAGCGAGGACUUCGAAGUGAGCCCGUCCAAUGGCACCAUGUCACUUACCAUCCCUGUGCGCACUUCACCUACUCGUGGAGGCUAUGGACCCGAUCUGAAGCUCUCGUAUGAUUCGGGUUUAGGAAAUGGACCAUUCGGAUUUGGUUGGAGUAUGUCAAUGCCAUCUAUCCACCGUAAAACAACAAAUGCUAUACCGCGAUAUGUGGACGAUGAGGAUGAUUUUCUCAUGUCCGGGGGAGACAUUAUUAAGAAGUUGACCAGCGGUGGUAUACAAGAGACAAGAAAUGAAUCUGGACGUUUUGGAGAGUUUCUUGUUACUACAUAUCGUCCACGAGUCGACACUGGGAACAUAAGAAUCGAGAAAUGGGCCCGCACAGAUGAUCUUGAAGACGUGCACUGGAAGACAAUCUCAUCCAGCAACGAGACUCAAAUCUACGGUGAUAGUGACAGCAGCUGCAUCUUUGACGCAUCCGGUCCAUCAAAGAGGAUCUUCUCUUGGCUGUUAAGCAGAUCUUAUGAUGCUUCGGGCAACGCCAUUGAGUAUGUAUACAAAGAAGAAGACUCGGAGGGCGUCUCUGAUACUGCUGGAGCCAUGCCUGUAUGGGAAAGAAAUCGGGAAGACGACACAAGGUGCCGUGAGAGAUAUAUCAAACGAGUCAAGUACGGAAACAUAAAGCCAAACCGUGAUCUUACUACUUGGGAAGUAUCGGAUUGGCCCACAGAAUGGAUGUUUGAGGUCGUCUUUGACUAUGGAGAACAUGAUAACCAUAGACCAACCACCCAAGAAUCUCAUUCCUGGCCAGUUCGUCAAGAUGUGUUUUCGCAGAGUCGCCCUGGAUUUGAAAUCCGUACCUAUCGUCUUUGCCAUCGAGUUUUGAUGUUUCACCACUUCCCUGAGCACACCAAAGAGUCAGAGACUUUGGUCUCCUCGACAGAUCUUCAGUACAACGAAUCUCGGCAGAGGUCUGUUCUGGUCAGCAUGAUCUUAACGGGAUACUCGACCCACAAAGGCAGCCCAGAUGGGAAACCAAAAUACAGAUCAGAGUCUCUGCCUCCAUGGUCAUUUGAGUAUACAAAUUCCCCCGAGGCCAGCGAGAUCGAACUCAUAGAAGCAAAGACUUUUAACCUACUCGAACUUCCUACAUCUGAAGCAAGGGUUUCAGAGUGGCUAGACCUAGACGGAGAGGGCAUGCCAGGGCUAUUGACAAGGUCUGCAGAUGGCGCCCUCUAUUAUCAACGCAACCUCGGGUCAAUUUCUGGUGACGAUGAUCCGCAGUUCUGUGGUCCGGUUCUACUUGCACAACAGCCCAAUAUGACGGGUGGAACUUUCCGGGACCUGGAUCGAAAUGGAAAUCUCAACUACGUUCUCCGUAACGAGCAUGGUCGCCUUGAGGGAUACUAUGAACGAGGCAAUUCUGAUACAUGGAAGAACUACACCGACUUUCCAGAAACAAGCAACGGGGAUAUAUGGCAGAGCACUAUCGACAUCGACUUGACGGGUGACGGUCUUCCCGAUGUCAUUUGUGCAGCAGAUGACUCCCAAGUCUUGAUCUGGCAGCAGAACCUUGGAAAGAAAGGCCUAUCCAGCUAUCAACGUGUCAUAUGCGGACAAGAUUGGGAGUCCUGUCCACGCUUGAUCAAAAACCAAGAUGCCCAGACCUAUGUUGGAGAUAUGACUGGUAGCGGCAUGUCGGACCUAGUUGAGAUCUCAGUAUCGUCGGUGCGAUAUUGGCCAAGCCUUGGCUAUGGAGCAUUUGGCGCUGCCGUGGAUAUGGGAAACCCACCAACCCUUGCUGCCAAGGACGACUUUGAUCACAGUCGAGUUAGACUCAUGGACACUGAUGGUAGUGGCACCAUGGAUCUCCUCUACGCUCUCCCAACAGGGGGAGCAGCAUUAUACUACAACCUUGCCGGCAAUUCAUGGAGUGACAUGGUAUUUCUUCCCCAUCUCCCGGCGACUAUCAAGCCCGUGUCGAUAUUUACUUUGGAUUUGCUCGGCAAGGGGACUGAUUGCCUUUGUUGGGCGGAUACUUCGACUGACGGAAACACGAUUAAGUACCUGGACAUCAUGGGAGAAACGAAACCGCAUCUGUUGAAGUCUUACAGCAACGGAUGGGGUGCGACAACAUCAGUGGACUACGCUCCGUCCACCAAGUUCUUUUCUGAAGACGCCAGAACUGGACACCCGUGGUCAAGCAAAUUGCCAUUCCCAGUUCAAUGUGUCUCAAAGGUCCAAGUCGAGGAUGCCAUCACUGGGAAUCGACAGUGCACCGAAUACAUCUACCACAACGGUUGCUACAACCCAACUGAGAAGCAAUUUGCUGGCUUUGAAAUGGUAGAAGAGUUCCACAGCGAGAGAAUCAUUAUUGGAGAGAAUGAGACCUAUGAGCCUCCCGUUACGCACACCAAGUCAUGGUUCAACGUUGGUCUAAGCCUUGGAGUUGAUGAGUCGCGCUUUUUGACCCAUCCAGCCGUUCUCUCUAGUCUGCAGGAUUGUGACACUGACACCGCGGAGCUUGUGAACGCAUUGAAAGGGCUCAACGUGCGAUCCGAGAUAUAUAGUCAGGAUGGAACUCCCAAGGCUCACUUACCCUACGUUGUCAAGGAGGUGUCAUACCAUAUCAAGAUCUCCCAAGCACGAGAAACGAACAAGUAUUCUGCAGUCCAGAUACUCCCACGUGAGACAUUCUCGCGAGUGUAUGAGAGAGACAUGAGCGAUCCACGUGUCACACACGAUAUGGUGCUCAAGACCAACGACUUUGGAGACGUUGAGGAAAGCCUAAGUAUUGUGUAUCCUCGUACUGGGAACACUGCAUUUGACGAUGUCAACAAGAACCAAAAGGCUGGAAACAUGUCCUACACUCAGAAUUGGUACACAAAGAUGGUGUCAGAGUCUGACCAGCAACACUUUCGCAAACCCGCGACGUAUAGACAACAAGAACACGAGAUACUUAAUUUUCCAUUCAAUGGAAUCCUCAAAUUUGACGACGCUCUUGCGCUCGACUUCCAUGGGUUACCAGCUUCAAAGUCCUCAACAACAUGGAAGGCUCUGCGCAGCGAGAACAGGGCGUUUUACAAAGACUCUUUUCUCCAGAGAACACUCAACGAAGGCGAGCUCGAGACGUUUUCAUUACUAGAUCAGACCUACGCUCUGGCCUUUACACCAGACAUCCUAGCCAAAGUCGAAAUAGGCUUACGCAAUUGCAAGAUCCCUGACUCUGUCGAAGCUCUUUUAACCAAGGGCGCAUACGUGAAAUUAGACAACAGCGACGGUUGGUGGGCUCCAUCGUCUCAGUCAUUUUUCUGUUCAUCAGAAACUGCAUCGGCAGCGGAAGAGCUCAAAGAGGCAUACAAAUCCUUUUACAUCCCUUCACGCUUCGUCGACCUGUUUGGCAACUCGUCACGGGUCAAAAUGGACAAGGACUUCUUGUUGGCUACAGAAGUUGAGGACGCUAUAGGAACUGUGACCUCGUUUAAAAACAACUACGAGCACUUGCAGCCUGUCGAGAUCAUCGAUGCUAAUAUGAAUUGUGUACAAGUCUUGUUGGAUCCACUAGGCGAGUCUAUUGCUGUUGCAGCUUCGACAAGACGCGACGGGGUUAUAGAAGAGAUAGACAGUGUCGAGAAUAUGGUCCUAGACGUCAGUUCUGAAGACGUAGACGACAUUCUUAGGGACCCUACGGGUGAGGUCUCGAGGCGUCUUUUGGGUAAUGCUGCAAGCAGGACUAUGAAUUGCCGGGAUCGAUAUGCCCGGUGGAAGUCUCGGCAGAAUGAGACAUCAACAAUAUCGGUCGAUCCAGAACCGGCAUUAUCACUUGUUCUAUCGUGGGACCUUUCAUUUAAGGAGUCUAGCAGUCCUGAGAUACGAGUCAUCGUGUCGUACAUGAAUGGACUUGGGUCGCCGUACCAGGAGCAGCACUUGACUGACCCAACUACCUCAGAAAGACGAUGGCUGGUACCUGGCCUCGCCAUUUCAGAUACACAAGGCCAAGUCAUGUGUACAUACCAACCUCGUUUUGCAACUUCGGCAGCGCCAAUUCCAUCCAGGUUGAUGAAAACAAACGCUGCCUUUGCCUUUUACGACGCAAUGGGUCGCAGUGUUGCAUCCCUCGCUGCUGAUUGCACUUGGUCGAAAACGGUAUAUACCCCAUGGACGACAGUUGAACAUGGAGCAGGAAGCAUGGUACUUCAGUCCAACGCACGAGACGAUCCUGAUGUUGGCCAUUUCUUCGGCCGAAUCGCAUCCUCCCGAUACUAUCAAAGUUGGUACGACAAGCGCAAGCUUGGAACAGCACAAGAGAAGCGAGCUGCAGAGAAAUCGGCGGUAUACGCUGAUACUCCCCUUACUACUCACCUGGGCAGCUGUGGGCUUCCUGUUCGAACUGUUCAACAAGCCGGUGGCAAGACAUACACACGGAGCUCCAUUUACGAUGUGACUGGCAAUAAGAUUCGAGAUGUUGACUCGUAUGAACGAACCGUAGAAAAGAUGCUGUAUGAUAAACUUGGUCGACAGUUACAGACCACAGGCAUGGACUGUGGAGAAUCAUGGCUCUUGAUGGAUGCUCAGGGAGGGGAGAUUCUGUCCUGGAAUUGUCGUGGAUACUCUUUCAUCACUCGUUACGAUCCCCUACGACGAGAGAUUGAGAGGUUGGUUGCCAAGGCCGCAGAGACUCCAAAGCUCAUUUCACGAAUCACAUACGGAGAGGCGUGCGGUGAUGCCAGCAACCUGAACUUGAAUGGCCAAGUCUGGAAAGUGGAAGAUCAAGCCGGUGUUCAUAUCAAUACCCAUUACAACAUCCGCGGUCACUGCUUAGAGAAGACAAUGCAGUUCACGAAGGAGUAUAAACAACUGGUUGAUUGGAAGCUUGAUCAGAAGCUUGAGACAGAAGUUUACUCACAUACUUAUUCUUACGACAACUAUGGUCAAGUGCUAGAGGAAAAGGAUGAGCAGGGAAACCACACACGAAGACGUUAUUCACGACAAGGACAUGUCGUUUCGGUCGAUUUCAGUUCUGUAAAGGAUCGCGACUGGAAGUCCUAUCUCUCAGGAGCAAUCUUUUCAGCUGACGGGCUGCCUACAACUAUCACUUAUGGGAAUGGAGUCGUUUCCGACUUUGUUUACGAUGAAGAGACCAGAAACCUCAUUUCGCAACGAACUACGCGCCCAUGCCGGGGUAGAAGAGAGUUGCUCCAAGACAUGACACACGUUUAUGACUACGUAGGGCGUCGAAUAUUUACUAGCGACGGCUCUGAACAAGUCAAGUACUUUGGUGAAAGUCGCGUCAAGCCUGAGUGGGACUACACAUACAAUGCAACUGGUGCUCUGGUGAUCGCCACAGGGAGAGCUCAACUCUCUGGAAAGAUUGGAAACGGCAGUCAAUUAACACCCCACAACGCCAUGAACGGACUGAACCCAUCACGCGGUGGUGGCGAUGGCAAUCUACUUUACCAAUAUCGCGAGACAUAUAAUUAUGAUCGCGAGGGCAAUAUCUUGAUGAUGAAGCAUGAGGCGCCUGACAUCAAAGGGGUUACAAGUUGGACGAGAAAUUAUCAUUACGAUGAGAAGAGUUUACUAAGCGAUGAUCCCCGCGUUAAGAGCAACCGUCUUAGUCGGACGACAAUCGGAGACACAAACGAGGGCAAGUACAUGUAUGACGGCAGUGCCGGGCUCUCAGGUUGCAUGACGACGCUACCCAAAUUCUCGGAGCUCGAUUGGAACAUGAACAAUAUGCUCUCCUUCUCGUCCACGCAGUACGUCAACGCUGGUACUCCGGAGAGAACAUACUAUGUCUACGACCACGCGGGCAACCGUGUGCGAAAGGUGACCGAGACUUCAGCCAAAUCUGGUGAGGAGCCUCGUAAGCAGAGAGAUACAUUGUUUUUCGGUGGAGUCGAGAUGCAGACUAAAAGCAACGGAUCUCUCUUGUGGACGACGCGUGUCAAGGGUGACGGUGUUCUGGCUGUGGUGGAGGUCAGUAGCAAUCGAGAGGCACCGUUGGUACGAUUCCAGGCGGGACGCGACAUGGAACUUGACGAGGAAGCUCAGCUCAUAUCAUAUGAAGAGUACUCGCCCUUCGGCUCUGUGGUAUACUCGGCUAUGUACGGGAAUGUCGAAGCGCCUCGGACAUAUCGUUUCGCAAGGUAUGAGCACGACCGCGAGACGGGCUUAUACCACUGUGGACAGCGCUACUAUUGCCCAUGGCUGGGUCGUUGGACGUCUACAGAUCCUCUUGGUGACGUGGAUGGACCGAACCUUUUCGUGUAUGUCAAUAACGAUCCUGUAAACUCACACGAUCCUUCGGGAACAUCUGGUAAGAAAACAAAGAAAGAGAGCACCAGGGAAGUGUAUGCGGCACCCGACGACAACGGGAAGAGAAGUGUCGAGGAUGAGAAUAAGGCAGUGAGAGAAGGUAUAGCGAAGUUUGAGAGGAAAUUACAACGACAACAGCAACGAGCCAUAGCCAGAAUGUCUGGCACAGAUCCCAUUCUAGGUUCCAAGGCACGGUAUGAGGUCGGCAUAUCUGCAAUGGGCAAUGCACUUGACCGUAUCUCAGGAAGUACGGAGCUCCAUCAUACCUAUCCACAGGAGUACAGGGAGGAGUUUUCCGACAUCGACAUCAACGUUGACAGGACUUCGGUAUCUAUUUCAAAGGAGGCGCAUUAUAUCUGCACUUAUGGCAGCGUUCUGGACAACCUUGUCGCGACCAACAAACGAUGGAGGGAUGAAUACUUUGAAACAAAGAAGACCGGUUAUUAUAAGCAGAUGGAGCAACAUGACUGGUAUGACAAUGACCCUGAUAUGCAGUACGCGAUACGUCUACAUUUGGCCUAUGAGGCUCGUACCCUCAACGGUCGAAUUAUGGCUGACUUUGGCAUCAACCCCAAAGGAGAGGAUGGGAGGAGUAUGUUUGUGAAUUAUGAAGCCGUGACAAAAAUGAAGACGGCAGGGCAGAGGAGAGGCGUGCGGAAUGAUAAUUUGAUACACCACGACACAUGGCCUGGUCGACCAUUUAAUACUGGUCAGAGCGAUACGGACAAUAGUGGAGGCCCUGUGCAUUUUCAAGUGGCUGAGGAGCAGUACAAUGGCAUGGAUGCUGCUGCGCAGGCGAAGUUUGAUGACUUGAGAAAUCAGAUGGAAGCUCUGCUGGGAAAGAAAUAG